GUGGUUGUUUAGUGGGUGCAUUGCAGCGGCAGCGAGGGGUUGCCCAGCGAGAUCGAAGGGGAAAAUUCUUCCGUGCCUUCCUUUUUGGCGGUGCGACGGUACCUGGGGCUGCAGCCAGUUUGUGUGUGUCAUCGAGGUACUGGUGCCCCCCACAUCUGCUCAUGGCGCUGCUUCGUGCCCCUCUCCCCUCUUCCCCCCCAAAAAAUAUUCGCAUCCGUCAAAGAACGGCUGUUGUUGUUUAUUUUGGUGCAAAACGAAAAGAGGCAACAAGAUAACGAACAAAAACGAGAAAAAUAUGGAAAAAUUAUCAUCGUCAUCUUCUGCCACACAGGCUGCAACCUUGCCACACUCGAUGCAUCAUACCCCAGCCCAACAUGGUCCAACGACACAACGGCGCUGACCGUCUCCAGCCAUCCAUCAUCCCCCCGUGGCCUCUGCUCUCGCCUUCGGGGGCCGCCCCUACGCCAUGGAAAACUUCUCCACCGGGUGCCGCAUACCAUCAACGACGAAGGCGGCUUGCCACGGAAGUACAGGCGCGGCACACGCAUUUUGCAGUCUCCACGAAAGUAUCCAUGACCCACGCCUGUAUCCACGCCCCCGGACAGGCAAGGCUUUUGGUACACACUACCCAACAAGGACACCAAACUUUCCGUGGCCUAGACCCCCCCGCGGCCCUCCGCCUUCGGAUUCGUAAUAAAUCUAUCCUCCUCCCGCCUCCUCUCUCGUCCUGACUCUCCUUUUCUCAUCAUAUCAACAUUUUCCUUCCCAGCAUAUACCUGCCUGCUUCUACUGCUCUCGAGGGAUUCCCUCUUGCACAUACCUCUUCAACACUCUAGGACCACUUCAACACAUCUAGGUUCCUUUUCACACAAGUCUUGUGUGGCUCUUUUUUUGCAUUUCGCACAUAUUUUCACAUUUUAUACUCAUAACUUUUACAAUGGGAUCUCUCUCUGCUGAUGCCACCCUUCCCUGGGUCAAGACGCCUUGCGUCUUCAGCCCUCAAGUCUCUCGCGCUGUCGGAUGCAACAUCUACCUGAAGUUGGACAACCUCCAGCCCAGCGGCUCCUUUAAGUCGCGAGGUAUUGGUAACCUCAUGACCCGUGCUGCCGCCCGUGGCAAUCCCGAUAUUCACUUUUACUGCGCCUCCGGAGGCAACGCCGGCCUCGCCUGUGCCACCUCUGCUCUCGCCCUCAAGCGCCCUUGCACCGUCGUUGUGCCCGUCACCACAUCUCCCUUUAUGAAGAACAAGCUUAUCCAGCUCGGUGCUGAGGUCCAGCAGGUUGGCAAGAACCUUUACACCGCCACCCAGUACGUUGUCGAUGAGCUCGUCGCCAAGGACCCCAACGGUGUCUUCGUUCCUCCUUUCGACCACCCCGACGUCUGGGAUGGCGCCGCUACUAUCCUCCCCGAGCUCCGCGACCAGAUGGAGGUCCCCAUCGACGGCAUCGUCUGCAGCGUUGGUGGCGGUGGCCUCUUCAACGGCCUCAUGCAGGGUAUCGAAGCCCUUCCCUGGGACGGCCCCAAGCCCGAAGUUGUUGCUGUUGAGACUGACGGCGCCGACUCCCUCAACGCCUGCCUCCGUGCCGGCCAACACAUCACCCUCCCCGAAAUCACCUCCAUUGCCGUCUCCCUGGGCUGCUCCCGUGUCUCUGAGCAGACAUGGAAGUGGGCUCAUUAUCCCAACACUCACAGCCUUGUCGUUUCCGAUGCCGACGCUGCCAUUAGCUGCGUUCGCUUCGCUGACGAUGCCCGCCUUCUCGUCGAGGUCUCCUGCGGUGCUGCUCUCGCUGCCGCGUACAAGGGUGACCUCCGCGCGACUGUUGGCAAGGGCUUGUCCGACGCCGAGUGGGCUCAGAAGAACAUUGUUCUCAUUGUCUGCGGCGGCUCGGGCGUCUCCCUCCAGCUCCUCGACCGCUACGUCGAGGAAUACGCUGCUCACACCUCCAUCAAGGUAUAAGAAAGAGAAAAGGAUGGCCAGCCGGCCUUUCUUUGUGGAACACCAUUGCGAUGCUUUUUUCUGGCGUUUAAUUUCAUGAUAUCACGACCGCACUCAAAAAGAGUUUUGAUCAUACGGGUUUUUAAUAAAACAUUUUACACCGCAUAUCAAAGACUACUUUUUUGUAUUGCUUCCUAGCGACACACCACCACCCCCGGCGCCUCAUCCCGAUUUGAAGCAGCGCACCCUGGCCAGGCCAAUGCCUGGGUGCGUCGGACUAAGCUGACAUUUUCGUCAGCGACGUUUUAUUUCAUUGGUAUGGCCCCGGCUCCGAACUCACGACAACACCAGUGUAUUCUGCUUCCGAGCAAGUUGCGCUGGUGUUGUCGUACCCCUAACAUGAUUGCAGAAACGAUGCUGGCGUCGGCGCCUUCAUCGAUGGGAGGAAGAGAGGAUUGGGCUCAGUGUUAUUAAUUCCAUCUUUUACUGUAUUCAUGUUGACGCCAUGGUUGCCAUGGUAUGAAUAUAAGGGACAUGUCAAAACCGCCUCUGCCGUCUUGACUGUUUGUGGCACCCGCCACGCAGCAAUAUCAGACGAGCAAAAUGACUUACAAACCCUGCUGCUGCCGCCGCUGCAUGGGCUUAACGACAAAACCAACCCCCCACGACGACAUGCCCGGGUUGACUAUCUACUAUCAACGUUAUUGUUGUUGUUGUCAUGGUCACCCGAAAGCAUGUUUGUCCCGUCCCUGCGUCAUGUCGCACGACAUGACUGAGAGACUGGGGCUUUGGGGGGAUGGUUACGGUCGCUUGCCCAGGCAUGCGGUGCACAGAGUUGGAGUCAUAGCCAAGGUAAGCAACAGCCCUCUUAGACAACGAGAGACUAGGCGAGCUGGAGACGUGCUCAGCGAAAUGACUGAGAGGAACUGUGCAACCUCUCGGCGCGCGGGUUCAUUCCCCGGCGUCUAUCAGCACGCUAUCUUUACUGUUCUUAUAAUCUGUGAAACCGUGCAAAUGCAUAUGUUGUAGACAUCCCAGCC